AUGGAGUUGGAGAAUAGCAAUUAUUUCAUCAGUAUAGAAAACUUAAGUAGAGAUAAAAAUACUGGGGAAGAAGAUGUUGAUAUAUUAAAUAAUAUGAGUAACCUAAAUUUAAUAAAUGACAACUCAUCUAUGGUUAACUCUAAUGGUGGUGGUAUUAAAAUAGGAAUAAACAAAAAGGAUUAUGAUUUAUAUAUUAGUCAAUUGAAAGAUAAAAAUAUAAAUCCUUUAAUACGAACUAAAAAUAAAUUAAAUAAAAGAGAUGGGAGAAACAAAAAUAAUUAUGAUGAUUCUUCAUAUUAUGAAAUGAAAAUUAUUGAUGCCAAGACCAAUGAUUAUGAAUAUUUCGGUAACUUAGGAUUACAAAAGGGACUACAUGAAAAUAAUAUAUAUAAUGAUAAAAGUGAUUUAAAAAAUGAUUUAAAAAAUGAUUUAAAAAAUGAUAUUUAUUUAGUUAAUAAAAUGGAAAAUGUUGAAAAUUUUAAUGAUGAUAAAAACUGUAGUGAGCUAACAAACCAUAUAAAUACUAUUAGAAUAAAUGACGAGCUUGAUAAAAUUAGUAAUAAACGUUGUGUUUUAAUUUCAGGGAAAGUAAAAGAAGGAUGUUUACCUAACGAUAAUAAUGUUAUUUACUAUGAUAAUAUUAAUAAUUAUUAUUGUGAUGUUAAAAACGAAGAAGGAAUGAAUUUACUAAGAAAUGUAAAAACCGAUGAGUAUUCUCAUAACUUGAAUACAAAUAUAUUUCAUGAGGAUAUGAAUUUAUAUGAUAAUUAUCAACAUAAUAUCGAUGAAGAUAUAUGUGGGAAGAAUUAUGGAAUUAAUUAUUAUGAUCAUAUGAAUAACUGCAUAGGAAAUGAUCAUAUUGUGUCUUUUGGAGAAAAUAAUGAUGAGGAAACAAGUUUAUUAACCCAUGAUGAAAAAGGAGACAAGAAUAUAAAUAAGGAAUAUAAAAAGAUUAUAUAUAAUGAUAAUAAUAAUAAUGAUAAUAAUAGUGGGCAUAGGGAAGAAGAUAGAUACCCAUGUGAUUUAUUACAAAAUUAUAUAUAUAAUGAUGAUAUUUCUUUAAAGGAUAAAUAUGUAGAAAAUAAAUAUUUUAAGGAUGCAAAAAGAUCAAAUUCAUUCUGUAACAAUAAAAUUGAGGAAGACAAUGAUAAAUAUGCAUGUAGUAAUAUUGUAGAAAAAAAGAUAAUAUCUUUAAUAAAUAAAAAAGGGGGUUCAAUAUAUGAUGGUGAUGAUCAAGAUUCUAGUGAUAAAACAAAAAUAAUAAGAAUUAAAGAACCUUUGAAUGAUCAUAAUAAAAAAAGCAUGAAAAAAAGAGAUGAAUCAAAUGAAGGGAAAUAUGUAUAUAAUAACAAUGAAAAAGAAAUUAAUGACAAUAUGUUAUACCAGGAUAAAAUGAAUAAUAAUAAGUUUAAUACACGAAGUUUUCAUAACCUAUCAAGUGUACCAACUGAAUAUAAUAACAAUGAAUAUAAUGUGGAUGAUGAAUACUGUUCUUAUAAAAAUAAACAGAAUAAUAUACCAUAUGAAAAGGUGCACGAUGUCAAAUGGAAAAAUGAAGAGUUAGAAGAUAUAAGUGUGAAUAUAAAUUCUAGACUAGCUAUAAUAAAUGUAAAGAGAGAUGUAGAAAAGGGGCAUAACUGGAAUGGAAACAAUAAUGAGAAUAGGAAUAAUAAUAAUUAUAAUAAUAAUAAUAACAAUGAUUAUAAUAAUAAUAACAAUGAUUACAAUAAUAAUAACAAUGAUUAUAAUAAUAAUAAUAAUAACAAUGAUUACAAUAAUAAUAAUAAUAAUAAUAACAAUGAUUACAAUAAUAAUAACAAUGAUUAUAAUAACAACAAUAAUGAUGAUAAUCAAAGUAAUGAUGAUAAUCAGAAUAAUGAUGAGGAUGAUAAAAUGGAUGAUGAACUUAUCGAUAAUGAUGAUGAUGAUAAAAAAAAAAAUAAACAAGAAGAAUCAGAAGAACAGAAAGCUAAUAGUUAUUGCGACACACAAAGUAAUGCAACUUAUGUUAAAAGACCUCAAAGAAAAGCAGCCAAAAAAUGUAUCAGCUUGUGGUCAGAAGAAUUAAGAAAAAAAAGUGAGAAAAAUAAUUUGAAUUAUGAUAAAGUUAAGAAUAUUAAUGAUUCCAAAAAAGAGGAA